UCUCCUUGACUCCUGAAAACAAUUAUUAACAUUCAGAACGUUGUCGAAACAUAAACUUUAUACGGAAGAACUACAAUUAUUGAUUCCAUUAUUUUUGUACAUAUAAAAUAUCGGGCAAAGAUACAGUAAGCAUGUCCAAAUCGCAUAAAUUAUUUCCUCAAACAUACUGUGAACGAUAUCAAAGACAUUUAUGUGCUUUCGCCAAAGCAGACAAAAAAGAAUCAGUUAAAGUUAUUACUAAGAAAAUUAUAUGUUCGAGUAGUGAAAAAAGUUGUUCAACGGGUACAAUAAAUAAUAAUAAAAACAGUAGAAUUACGACACCGAAGAAAACAACGAAAUCCCACUUUAAUUUUGGUCAGUGUUUGUCGAAGAAUUUUGAUUAUUGCAAAACAUGCGGCGAUGUGGCUUCGAGAUCAGACAAUAGGACUCUCUCGACGGCUAAAAUUACAAAAAGCCAGGUACAAGACUCUCACACUGUCCCGUUCAAUAGUAUAAAUAUACCCACUUCAAAAAAAUAUCCAAACAAUCAUAAAAAACAAAUACAACAAUUUUAUAGAAAUGAAAAUUUUAAUCAAUCAACUCACUCAUUCAAUGCCACUGAUAAUUUAAAGAAAAUAUCCCUUAAUACAAUAUUAGAACAGUCUGAAAAUAAAUCCCAGGCAGGCACAGAAAAAAGUAUUUUCGAAAUAUACCCAGAUUCUGAUGAAGAAAUAGGAUUUAUGGAUUGCGAUAAUAACUUUAAAAAUAUUAAAGAAUUUAGAAAUAAAAAUUAUUUUGAAUGCCAUUCAGCGAAAUCAAGGGUAAAUUCGAAAUCAAGUGUUCCUAAUUUAAAACAUAAAUGCAUAUAUAGGUUUCACUUAAAUGAAAGACUAUUUCCCGUUCCAUUUACAACUGAUCACAAAAAAAAUAUACGUUGCGUAGAAUGCUAUUUGCCUCUGGAUAAAAAUAUAUCCAGUUCAAAUAUUAACGGAAUGAUACAAGCUAAAGUGAAGUUAAACGAUGAAGUGCAAGACAUGCUCUUAAUGUUGCCAGUUAAUGACUCCCUAAUAGUCGAACAAAGGAGUAAGAUCCAAAACGAUGAGGAGGAAAGUAUAUACUUUGGGAUAAUAAAAUUAGAUAUAAACGGAGAUUCCAUUUUCAACAGAACUUUACCAGAAGAUUCUUUAGCAUUAAGAUAUCAAAAAGGAUAUAAAGAAUUAUCUAGAGAAGAAAAAUAUACAUAUGAAAGUGUUGGAGAAAAUGAUGUCAUUAUUAUUUAA